AUGAGACUUGAGUUGAAAUUAAAAGACACCAAACACAAUAUCCGACUCGUCUUGACGCCCAACGAUGAACUAACGACUUCACUCACCUCCGUCACUAUUCUUGACCCGAGGGGAGAAUCACGGGUAUCCAGGCCAGAGCAUGGCAGUCGAGCGUUCAAAGGAUCAGCGCAUAUCUCAGAGCACGGAGGUCCUGGUUGGAGAAGAACUGGAUGGGCAAGGGUCGUGCAGUCUGAUAGGAACAGCGACAUUUUCCAAGGCACUUUCCAGGUCGAUGGCGACAUCUAUCACAUUGAGGUAGACCCUGCGCAUCUUGUGAGACGAGACAUCAUGGAUCCAAAAAGAGCCUGUUUGGUUGUACGAAAAAGCCCUGACAAAUCUGAGCAUACCGAUAGCGGUAGGCUAUCUGGACGAGCAGCGUCGUGCUCUACUGGCAACUUGGGGUCUGGACAUCUGAGCGAAGGGAAGCUUCUAUCAAGACGACAGCAAUAUGCACAAGACUAUGACCCAUGGGACACCGUUACCGAGGCGGAUGAAACAGAGGGCUGCCCAAAGGAAAGGAAAGUUGCCAUGCUUGGCAUCGCUACUGACUGUUCCUACACUGCCGAGUUCGACAGCCUAGCCGAUGUCCAGUCAAAUAUCUUGAAUCAGAUCAACACGGUAUCCCAACUAUACGAUGAUACCUUCAACAUCGCCCUUAGAGUGAUGAACCUCACAAUCAGCGACCGACACUGCCCCGUUGAAGCUCCUCACUCUGCCCCCUGGAACCUGGGCUGCACUUCAAAGGAGAAUGUCGCUGAUCGACUAAGUCUAUUCUCCCAAUGGAGAGCAAGGUUCAACGAUGACAUUAACGAGAUACGGCCCGCCGUUUGGACUCUUCUGACAGCUUGCAGCAGUGAAUCUACUGUCGGGAUGUCGUGGGAAGGCCAGGUCUGCGAGCUUGGGUACGAUAAGAACGAAGACGGGAGGAUAGUGGCUGCGACGAACAUUGUCGUUCGGACACAAUACGAGUGGAAAGUCAUUGCCCACGAGAUUGCUCACAGCUUCGGUGCUGUACAUGAUUGUACCAGCAGCAUGUGCAAGGAAGAUGGAUGGGACGGCAACGAGCGAUGCUGUCGACUCAGCAGGAAGACGUGCGACGCCGGGGCCCAAUAUCUCAUGAACCCUUCAGCCAAGUCGGACAUGAAGGCAUUCUCACCCUGCACGGUAAUACAGAUCUGCUCCAAGAUGGGCCAAGGGUCUGUUCGCACCGACUGCCUCCUGAGCGAGGAUGAUGUUCCGUCCAUCUCGAGCAAGGCUACACAUUGUGGGAAUGGGAUCCUGGAAGAAGGCGAGGACUGCGAUUGCGGCGGUGCAUCUGGCUGCAGAUCUAUCGAAGACUCCUGCUGCGACCCCAAAACUUGUCGAUUUGUCAAAAAGGCUGUCUGCGACCCGUUGCAUCACGAUUGCUGCACAGAUCAAUGCCAGCCCGCGUCAAGAGGCUUAGUUUGCCGGGGAAGUAAGGGAGCCUGCGACCCCGAGGAGUUAUGCGAUGGAAACUCGACCACGUGUCCACUCGAUGUCAUACGACCAGACGGGGAAGCCUGUGAGGAGCAUGGUAUGGCAAAUUUGGCAUGCGCUUCAGGGGUAUGCACCUCUCGAGACCUGCAAUGCCAGCAACGGUUCCCCGCCGAUAACGACACCAUGAAACACUGCGAUAGUAACAGUUGCAAACUAAACUGCCGUCCUGUUGAAGAAAUCAAUGAAAACGAGUGCCCAUCAGAGAUGGAGGAGCUGCUCUUGGAUGGUACGCCUUGCGGAGAUGGGCUUCGAUGCUUCAACGGCAAGUGUGAGAACCCAAAGUCAGAACGUCAGGCGGGUUCGGGCACUUGGUUCACAAAGAAGAGGAUCAUCAUUAUUGUUUGCUCAGUUGUUGGAGGAUUUCUUGUUUUUGUGGCUAUAGCAUGCGUGUUCAAUCGCAUCCGACAUCGGAUGAGACGAACGGCAGUGAAACACGCGAGAAUAACGUCCACGGAUGAUUCUCAAUGA